GAGCUAGGCUAAUCUUGUGCAGAACUUAGUAGAUUUAUAUUUUAUAACCUCGUCCUCGUUCGUAGGAUGAGUGUGCAGUGGUGUGAUCGCGGUCUACGUCAUUCGAGAUUUUAUUAGUGAGAUUAGACCAAAAGCUUCGGUCUCUAUUAUGUUAGUUGUUCAGCUGAACUCCGUUGGCUUCACUCACCAAAUACAGAGACCGAAGUUCUAGCGCGAUCUGUACAGGGGACUCAAUGCCAAUGGCCAUGAUGGCCAUGGCAUAUGUUUAUGUGUAUUAAGUUCGGAUAAAACAGGGCAGUGAAGUUGCGCGACAGCCGAGGAGGAAUUGUCUGGGUUAAUGAGCAGUAUCCAUGAUGAUGGUGGAGAAAUGGAGACUGCAGACAUUGGAGAUGGAGAAGAUAUCCCAGCUUCUGAAAUCAAUGAUGUCAUCAGAAAACUUAAACUUGACAGGUUCAAAGAUAUUUCAAAAUCUUCCAUUAAACAAGAUAAGACAUCGAAGCAAAAGAACAAAAAACCGCUAAAGAAGAAAACAGAGAAGAAAGGCAAAAUUCAAAGAGUGGACAAAGCAGUUGAAGAAAAAUCUCAAUCUUCAAAGGACAGUUCUGCAUCAAGUACACCUCCAUCCAGUACAACUUUACCCAGCAAAAACAAGAAAAAGAAGAAGAAAAAGGACAAACUGAAGGAAAAUCAAGAUCAGAAUAAGGCCAAAAAACUCCUUACCAAUGCUGAUGAUAGGACUGCAAUUAGAGAACAGAAAGGAAAGAGUUCUCUUGGAGAAAAGCAAAGUAAAAUUUUGAAGGUGAAAGGAGCUUUGACCUUUGAACUUCCAAAGACAUCAUCGAUGCUGCUUCCUACGGGCGUCAAAUGGCAUUCAAUUCAGGUUGGCAUGAAAGUAGGAAGCAGUCAGGUUUCAUCAGAAGCAGUUGUCUCAUCUUAUUUGGAUUAUGCUACCAAGUUAUACGACCAGGAAGUCGAACACCAUGCCGCAAAGAAAAGCAGUGAGUCUGGCUCCCAGAGCAGAUGGAUGCAGACUGUUGCCAAGUCAGGGGCACUCUCAGACAAGGUCGCGGCUCUGACCCUGGAGGUGCAGGGGGCUCCCAUCCACACACCCCUCAGCCUUGACUCCCUGCUAGCCAUGGUGAGGAAGAAAGGGCGCCGGGAAGCCCUUAUCGGGUUGGAUGCCGCCAAGAGGCUGUUUCUUGAGGAGUUGUUGCCUAGCAACAGAAAGUUAAAGACAUUUGCACAGCACUCCUUUGAAGAGCUAGAGAAGAAGUGUGGCAAGGAUCGACAGAGUCGUGACAAACAAGUCUUAUUAUGGUUCUUUGAGGAUCAACUGAAACAGAAAUAUGGAUCACUCAUAGAUUUGAUAGAGAAAAUGCUUCAAGAUACCGUCAGUGCAAUCAAGGCUAAGGCUCUAUCAUGUUGCUAUGAGUUGAUAGUUAAUAGACCAGAAGAAGAAAAGAGGUUACUGAGGUUGAUUGUAAACAAGGUUGGAGAUCCUGAUUACAAGGUCGCUUCAAAAGCUGUUCACUGGCUGCAAAAAUUAGUUGAUGUUCAUUCCAUGAUGAAGAUUGUUGUUGUCCAAGCUGUCGAAGAGUUACUCUUUAGACCAAAUAUCAACACAAAAGCACAAUAUUAUGCUGUAUGUUUCUUGAAUCAGCUUGUCUUACACCCAGAGGAGGAUCUGCUUGCAACCCAACUCAUCAUUGUCUACUUAUCAUUCUUCAAGGCUUGUACCAAACAAAAGAAGAUUGAUAACAAGAUGUUGUCUGCUGUCAUAACUGGUGUACAUCGAGCAUUUCCUUAUUCUAAAGAAGAUGAGAAGGUCCACGAGCAGCUGGACACUCUUCUCAAGGUCGUUCAUCAAACCACCUUCAACACCAGCAUCCAAGCUCUCCUACUGAUCAAGCAGGUCUUAGACAAAAGGCAGUCGACCAUGGAUCGUUUCUACUCGGCAUUGUACCGUAAGCUUCUGGACCCUCACCUCUCAUCGUCUCCCCGUCAUGCCAUGUUCCUCAACCUUCUCUACCAAACACUCAAGAGUGAUGAUGUCCUGAACAGGGUCAAGGCUUUCGUGAAACGUCUACUCCAAGUUUGUAGCUGGCAGCAGCCUCCAUUUAUAGCAGCAGUCCUAGUCCUGGUCUCGGAGCUCAUCAAAGCUAAACCAUCCCUAGGAAAGCUCAAUUCAUGGAAUGAUGAUGAUGAGGAUGAGCAUUUCAUGGAUAUAGAAGAAGAUGAUGUUGAGGGUAAAGAUGAUGAGAGUGAACCAAAGAGGGGAACAAUGACCCAUCCAGAGAAAACAGGUAGCAAGGAAAGAGCAUCUUGGGUACAUAGACCAGCCAGGCCGGGUGAAAAGCAAGGUAUUCCCACUGGAUAUGACCCCCUCGCUAGGAAUCCUCUUCAUAGUCAUGUUGAUAAUGCUGUCAUGUGGGAACUCAAAGUGUUAUCAAAACACUUCCAUCCAUCGGUAGCAUUGUUUGCAGCUCAGCUCUUAGCUGGAUCGUUGGUCUUCUACACAGGAAAUCCUCUCCAAGACUUCACUUCAGGUCGCUUCCUUGAUAGAUUCGUCUACAAGAACCCCAAGCAAAAGCUUAUUGGCAAGGAAUCUGUGAUGCAACCCAAAUCUAGGUCUUAUAAACCACCAGCUGUCCGGAGUAUCCCAGUCAACAGCAAAGGCUUCACGAGUCUUACAGAGGAAAAUGUACCGAUUGAUGAGAUGUUUUUCCACAGAUUCUUUUCUCAGAAAGAUCAAAAGGACAAGAAAUCUAAAGAAACCAAGAAAACCAAGAAGGCAGAUAGUCAAGAAAAGGGGGAUGAUGAGUUAGGUGAUGAUGCUGAUGAUGAUGACGACGACGAGAAAGAAGAAGAGGAGGAGAAUGAGAGGAUAACAACCAAUGUCAGUAACGAGUCUCCAGAUGAAAUCGACAGUGAUGCUUCCAGUGUAGAUGAUGAAGAAUUCGACAGGAUACUUGAUGAGAUGGAAGGUAAUCUGGAGGAUGAUGAUGAAGAUAUUGACUUUGCUGGAGAAUUCCAGAAGAAGACAUCCAAAAAAUCAAAGAAGAGGAAAGCACAGGAUGAUGGUUCUUCCUCCGAUGAUGACGAGGAUGAUGAUGAUGAAGAGGAUGAUGAUAUUGGAAUAGAUGAUGAAGAUGAUGAGGAGGAGGAGAUUGGGGAGAGUGCAGACCUGGAUGGUUUGGAUGAGGAGGCCUUUGAGAUGUCUGAUGAAGAUGAGGAACCCACCCCUGUAACAUCCAACAAGAGGAAACUAAAACAGAACAUAAAGAAGAAUGUCAAGAAACAAAGAAAAGGUGCACAAGAACUAGGUGAUGUUACUGAACAGAUUUCCAGCAUGAUUGAUGAAAAUGUUGGCUCAAAGUUUGAUGUAGGACUCAAUGCUCUUGCCAACAAAGACAAAGCAGACCUGAAGCAGCUCCGAUGGGAGAUGGAUCGUGACCGAUGGGUGAGAGGAGUGGAUGCCAGGAGCAAGGCGAGGGCAAAGAAACUUCAGAAAGGACCCAAGGCCAAGGGUUUCAGGGGGAGGGGCAGGAAACACAAGAGAUGAAUUCAUUGAGAAGGGAUUGAGGGCCGGCAAAGCCAGGACAAGGAAGCUUCAGGAAAAAACCUAAGGCUAAGGACUUCAGGGGGAGGGGUAGGAAACACAAGAGAUGAAUUCAUUGAGAAGGAAUUGAGGGCCAGCAAAGCCAGGACAAGGAAGCUUCAGAAAAGACCCAAGGCUAAGGACUUCAGGGGGAGGAAAAGACAUGAAUACAUUGAAACUGGAUUGAGGGACAUGACUAGAUGCUAUAAUGAAGAGCAAAGAUGAUUAAGAUGAAGGAAAAGUGGUGCAGAUUUUGAACAGGAUAGGAAUUCUCUCUAAGUAAAAGAUGAGAGUUCAGGUUGAGCUCUGGGAAGGAAGAUGAAAAGGCUCAGGAAAAAAAGAAUUUGUGAUUCUACUCUGGGCUGCAAGGGUCAUUAUUCAAUUCGCCUGCAAUAAAUGACCACGAAAUAAUCCCUUCUUUUGUGUGCAUUGUGUGACAUAGUAUAAUAAUGUAAACAAUUUUUUCCAUGUGUUUGUAUAAAAAACUUUUAUCUCUUUCCACUUACUUCUCACCUAAAUCCUCGGAAUCACACCCCAAAUAUUAUUUUAAGUGACAGAGUGAAUAAGCCUGAAAUAUGACAACUUUGAUUGAAAAAUAUUAUAAUUAUUUUAGUUACCAAGGCUCUGUAAGCCAAAUAAUUUCAUUUUACACAGAUAUAAUUGGGAUUGAAUUUAUAAUUUUGAUUUCACAUGAAAAAUAGAUAAUUUGCCAAAAUAUGGAAACACUUCAUUCAGAAACGCUAUUUCACAUGCAUGAAUUAUUUUGUGAUGUUAACAAAGAAGAAAUGCUAACUGAUCAAACAUAUCUUUUAAAUUUUUCCUUUGUAACUAAAUUUCUCUUACAUAACCAUUUGAAAAAUGUGACUACAUGUAUAUUUUCUUUUCAGACCAGAAACAAUAUUGGCAGUUCCCUAUAAAUAUUUUUUGGGAAAUAUUUGUUUUAGAAAAAAAUUUCUUGGAAAUUGUAUGCCUCAGCAUGCAUUUAUAAGUUAUGAUUUGAGGGAUGGGGGGGGGGGGGUAAUGAGCUUCAUGGUUGAACAGGUAACUUUGCAUAAGUCGAUUCUUUUGGGAACCACAGGAAUCUAUUUGACUUAGGAGAAAUUUGAUGGGGGGGAUGUAACAAUAAUAAUCUGGGCCCCAUUGCAUAAAAAUUACUAUUAUGGUAACAAUGCUCAUCAGCCAUUCAAAAUCAAGGAUUUCAUGGAAGAUACCAUUGGAUGACAGAGUUACCGUAAUAGUAACUUUCAUGCAAUGGGGCCCCAUUCUAAAAAGUCGCUUCAACUUAGGCAGAGUUACCUGUACUUUAAUAUCUUCAAAUUUUCAGAUUAUAACAUUGAAGAUUUUCAAAAAUCAUGUAAUCAUUUACAGUGUAUAUAUAUAUCAAACACAACAAAUAUAAAUAAAUACAUUUGUUACAAAAACAUCACAGUAUGGAAUGAUAUUUAUUCAUUUUCGUUGUACAUGUCAAUUAAUUUCUAAUACAUCAUAGUAAUAAUAUUUUUUGUUCAGAUGGAAGCUACGCAUUAUGCAUAUAUUCAUAACUUUGAGAUUGGUUAAGUAGAUAAUAGAAAUAUGCUUACUAUUGAUUUUGUACUUAUUGCUUUUCUUGGAAAUUAAUUUUCCUCGGAUGGGGUGGAUAUCCAAAAGCCUUCCUCAACUAAAGAUUGUCCUUCUUGUGGUCUAUUAAAACUACAUGUACUACAUGUUUUGAAAAACAAGACAUUGAAGAAAAAAGCUAAUUCACGUAAUUAUCAAUUUUUUGUUCUUAAUACCGAUAUAUAAAGGAAUCAUCACAAGUUGUACUUACUUUAUUACCUGUUUCCACGUACCACAUUCUUGUUUUUUAAAUAUAUAUAGGCCUACUAGUACACAUUUACAACCUACAUAUUACAAUUACUUUGUAUGUAGAGUUAUGUUCUUGUUGUGCGGUGUUACAUGUACAUAAACAUUCAUGAGUAUCGAGUGGCAGUAGAAUGAAUAACUGCAAAGUUCAACCUAAAUCUCUACCUUUUUUGGGGGCUAAGGUAAAUUCUUAUAACUUGAUGUAAAACAUCAAAUAAGUUGUAUAAAAACAUAUCAAAAAUUGCUUAAAUCUAACAUUAGUUAUCAUGAAUUGUCCAAAUGUAUAUUUUACAUAUUAAUGAGUCUUUAUCCAAGACAGAUUUAAUCUCCCAACUAUCAUCAACCAAUGUAACACUAUUUGUUUGAGACAAAGUGCAUGCAGUACAUGAUACAAAAUCUUUUAUUAACAACACAUUCUCAGAAAAAGUCUGAAAUGUCUAUCAAAAUAUUUUUUGUUACACCUGUCACACGUACUUUGGGGUGGUAUCUACAGUGGCAGUGAAAUAAUUUCAGUGCAAAGAAAAAUAAGAAACAAAAUAACUUCAUUUUUAGGGUUUUUUCAUGUGUAUCUUAAAAUCUGUUUAUCAGUGAUUGACUUUGCGAAAUUUCAAGUACUACUCUCAGAGUAUCUUUCUUUUUUAUUCAUGUGAGUUAACUUUAUCUAUUUCAGACCUAAUGUUUCUCAAAACUUGAUUAUCCUUGUGCAAAUAUGCUACAUAUUUUCACUUCCUUUAAUUUGUGAUUGUAUUAAAUAUUUGCCAAAUGUAAAUAUAUGCAUGCAAGCAUGCACAAUUUGAACAUGAAAAUAAGGAUUUUUGUUUCCUAGAAUCUCUCAAUCAUGACUUUGGGUCAAAUAAUCAGCAUAAAUUCAGAAAGGCACUUGGGGGAAAUUGAAUGUCAUGGUACAUUUUUCAAGAGCAAAUGUUAAAAGCCAUUCCAUUCCAACUCGUGACAUUUAUUCAAAAUUCAAAUUGCCAACUUACUUUAAUACUUCAAAAUAAAUUCGGCAGAAGAUUGAAUAGUUUUGUUGUUUUGCUAUAGUAUAUUAUGUUUCAUUCCUAGCAUACCAUUCACUUUUGGUGAUGGAUGAUAAAAUCAUUCCAAAUAUGCAUCCCAAAUAUUAACCAUUGUACAUUUAUACUGUCCUGAAAUAUGUACAUGUAGUGAAGGCAACUUUUUUUUUUAAAGAUAAAUGCCAGUAGUGCUAACAAGGUCAAAAUGAGUUAGAACAGAAUCCAAUAAAAAUACCACCUAAGUGUAUGUAUAUGUAUAAAUAAAAAAAUAUAUGAUAAAUGACACUGGAAAAAGAUGUGUAAUUGCUGAGAAAUUAGCCAAAAAAAGUAAGCACGGAUUUCCAUCAAAUGUCAGGUACUUUUCAAAGCAAUAUUAAUACAUUGUCCCACAUAUGCUUUUCUGAGUUAGUGAUCAUCAGAAUUAUCGGUUUUGAGCUAAGAUUUCAUGGAAGAAAAGUUUACAUUAAUGUAUCAAAUCUAGAUCUACAUGUAUGAUAAUAUGGUGACAAUUCACUUUGAUUUAAAAUACUUUCUCGUGAAAUCAUUUUUUGUUGCAACUACUUUCUUUUACCUUUUAAUAAAUAAGUGUUAAAUGAUCUAUUAUCAUAACUAAUGUUGAUUUUACAUUCAAGGCUGACUUAAUGUGCAUGUCAAUUGAUUGCUUGAAAAUCAUGAUAAAUUAUGGAAGAAUUGUGACUUACACUCUAUCAUUCUCUAGGCAAACAAUAAUAAAAUACUGUACAGGUAUAUGCUGCUUGCAUGUAUAAAAAGUACUAAAACUAUACAUGUACAUACACUUGUUUUCAAAUAAUUGCGUCUUUCACAUUGAACAGUUGUGCAUAUUUACCAUUCAUGAGUCACUGAAACUGAUAUCAUUGCACAAUCUCAAUAAAAUAUGGAUAUAGUAUAGUACAUGAAA